ACCCACCCUACCUACCCCAACUCUCUAUCUUGGUUGUAUUCAGCAUAUCACCAGUCUUUUUCUCUCUUUCUAUAUCUUUCUUUUUGCAAGUUUCUUUCUUUUUGUUCAAAAGGGUUGAUUCCCCCAAAAGAUUAGGCUUUAAGAAUUAACCCCUUUUGAGUUUUUCAAACUUUUUGGAGCUCAAUAAAAGUGACAGCAAUUUUUAAUCAUCUCUAAUCAAGAUUCAUAUUUUCAGCUUGCUAGUCACUUUCACAGAUGAUGGUGGAAUCAGCUGUAUUAAGAAGUGAUAGAUGUGUGAGAAAUUGAGGCUGCACUUGGUAAUACUACACUAGCUGAUUGGCGAUUUUCGCAUUAAAUAAAGAUGGAAAAGAAUAGUGGAGAUAAUUGGAGGGAGAUGGUGAGGAGGAUGCUUCCUCCAGGAGUUCCCUUCCCUGAGGAGGAUGCAAUGAAUUACUCAAUAGCAUCAGAGUAUACUGGUCCUCCAAUAGCAUAUGAACUUCCUAGAGUAGAACCCGUUGAUAUGAAAUCUGGUGCAAUUCCCACAGCAUCAACAGCAGAACCUCUUUCAGAAUGUAGAAGAUCCGUAGGCCAGGAUGUUGCACCUGUUAUAGAGCCAAUCCCAUUGCACGUGUCACAGCAACCAAGUCAAAGUCCAAGGAUUUCUGGUAGUUCAGAGUCCCAGGUGUCUGUACUGCAGAGCCCUGAUUCUUCUUCAGGUUCCCCCUCGGCGUCCCCUGGGUCUGAGCAUAAUCCCUCUGAGAAUGCUGCAAAGCACAAUGAGGGGAGAAGAGCCCAUAUGGUCACUUUCAAUUCUGUUAAUAGAUCUGAAAGAAAAGUGGUGGACAUUGAGAACCAAGUCUUUCCGGAAUAUGUUGGAGUUUCCAAGGAAAGAAAGAAGAAAAAGAAAUCAAGAUUCUGUUGUAGGUGUGGGAAAGGGAAGUGGGAAAAUAAAGAGUCAUGCUUGGUUUGUGAUGCAAAGUAUUGCAUCAAUUGUGUGCUCAGAGCAAUGGGUUCAAUGCCUGAGGGGCGCAAAUGUGUAAGUUGCAUCAGUGAGCCAAUUGAUGAGUCAAAGAGGUUCAAGCUUGGCAAACAUUCAAGAGUAUUAUCACGUUUGCUUAGUCCCUUGGAAGUCAAGCAAAUAAUGAAAGCAGAAAAAGAAUGUGCUGCUAAUCAGCUCCGACCAGAGCAGUUGAUUAUUAAUGGAUUUCCUUUGAAGCCUGAUGAGAUGGCAGAACUCUUUGGGUGCCCUUUACCGCCUCAGAAGUUAAAGCCUGGAAGUUAUUGGUAUGACAAGGAAUCUGGACUUUGGGGAAAGGAAGGAGAAAAACCUGACAGAAUUGUGAGUUCAAACCUGAAUUUUACUGGGAAACUUAGUCCGCAUGCAAGCAAAGGAACCACACAGGUCUAUAUUAAUGGCCGAGAGAUAACUAAACUGGAACUCAAGGUGUUGAAGCUUGCAAAUGUGCAAUGUCCCCGUGACACUCAUUUUUGGGUAUAUGAUGAUGGUCGCUAUGAGGAAGAAGGUCAAAAUAAUAUUCGGGGUAACAUAUGGGAAAAGGCAUUUACGCGGUUUAUCUCCUCCCUGUUGUCGCUACCAGUACCUACUGGUCAGUCCCAUGGACAGAGGGAUGAACCUAGCAAUUAUACUACUGUUACAACUUAUAUAGAACAAAAAAGGGUUCAGAAGCUACUUUUACUUGGACUUGAAAGUUCUGGAACAAGCACUAUUUUCAAGCAGGCAAAAUUUUUGUAUGGGAACAAAUUCAGUACUGAAGAAGUUCAAGAUAUAAAGCUGAUGAUUCAAAGCAACAUGUACAAAUAUUUGAGCAUUCUUCUUGAUGGAAGGGAGCGCUUUGAAGAGGAGGCUUUGUCAAGAAUAGUGGCUGAAGGUGGUGACGUGGGAUCUGCCGAAACUAACCAGUGCAUCUAUUCCUUGAACCCGAGGUUGAAGCAUUUCUCUGAUUGGCUACUGGACAUCAUUGCCACGGGAGAUUUAGAUGCAUUUUUUCCUGCAGCAACACGUGAAUAUGCUCCUCUGGUUGAAGAGGUGUGGAAGGAUCCUGCUAUACAAGAAACAUACAAGAGAAGAAAUGAGCUUCAUUUCCUUCCAGAUGUAGCAGAUUACUUCUUGAGCAAGGCUGUUGAGGUAUCAAGUAAUGAGUAUGAACCUUCAGAGCGAGAUAUACUGUAUGCUGAAGGAGUAACCCAAGGCAAUGGUUUGGCUUUUAUGGAGUUCUCCUUGGAUGAUCGUAGCCCAAUGUCUGAAUCCUAUGGAGACAAUCUGGAUGCUCCAGCACCACCUCUGACUAGGUACCAACUAAUUAGAAUAAAUGCCAACGGAAUGAAUGAAGGAUGCAAAUGGGUGGAGAUGUUUGAAGAUGUUCGUGUUGUAGUAUUUUGUGCGGCCCUGAGUGACUACGAUCAGAUGUGGCUUACUCAGGAGGACUCUGGUAGCGGUACGCUACUUCAGAACAAGAUGAUGCAUAUCAAAGAACUCUUUGAAACAAUGGUCAGACAUCCCUGUUUCAAAGAAACCCCAUUCGUUUUAGUCUUGAACAAGUAUGAUCUAUUCGAGGAGAAGAUCGUUCGUGUACCAUUGGACUCUUGCAAGUGGUUCAGCGAUUUCAGUCCAGUAUGGACCCACCAUAAUAACCUAUCACUAGCAAACCAAGCAUACUAUUAUGUCGCAAUGAAGUUUAAAGACCUUUAUACUUCUAUCACUGGUAAAAAGCUAUUUGUAUGGCAAGCUCAGGCAAGAGACCGAGUUACGGUUGAUGAGGCAUUCAAGUAUAUAAGAGAAGUCGUGAAGUGGGACGAGGAAAAGGAAGACACCUAUUAUGGUGGAGCAGAGGACUCAUUUUACAGUACAACUGAUGUUAGCUCUUCACCAUUUAUCCAACAAGGAAUGAAUUAGCUU